UAUUGAUUCUUCUCACAUAUUUGUCGAAACGAAAACAUCCAUGUCCAUCACUUCGAACAACAUGCUUACCCUUUAAGUCGAAUUCAAUUGUUAGUUAUAGGCGUGAUUAGUGUCACUUAAAUAAAACAGAAAACGUUGGAUCUAGCACUUGUGCGGAGUUAGGAUAAGUUAUAACCGUCUGCUAGAUGUUGGACAAGAUCUGACCUCAGAAUGUUGACACCGUUUUCGCUAAUUGUUUCAUUAGCAACCGUAUCGGUCGCAACCGGGACGUAUGUGAUAUCUUUUCCAAACUCACUAAUCCCGGGUAUUUCAUUACAAAUGCGAGUUCUUGUUCAGAACUGCAAUGGAUCAGUUUCUGUGUGGGCUGGUUUGAAAUAUGUACAGAAUGAUUCCCUGGUCGCAGAAAAUACAACAUCUGUUCAGAGUGGAAUAUCUACGAUAUUGUCUAUCAAUGUACCGGGUAACUUGCUACCUUCAGAAUAUAAAGUAGAUACUUUGGGGUCAGGAGGCCUUGUUUUUGAAAAUAGUUCUAACAUUCGUUUUGAAGACAGAGGUUUGAUAGUGUUAAUCCAGACUGAUAAGACACGAUAUUCCGCAGGACAGACAGUGAAGUAUCGAGCAGUACUUCUUCUUCCGAACCUGUUGAACUUCCAAGGACAAGCAACUGUUACAAUUCAGGACGGAAAUAACAAUAAAAUUGAAGUCAACGGACCAAAUUCCGUUACCAAUGGCGUCAUAUCGAGACAGUUAGAGCUCAGCAGAUACCCUGUCUUUGGAAGUUGGAAACUAGUGAUUGAUGCUAUGGGGAAAAAAACCUCAAAGACAUUUGAAGUAAAUGACUACGUUCUUCCAAAGUUUACAGUUCAAAUUACCUUACCGGCAGAAAUACAUUCAACACAAACAACAUUCACAGUAGACGUGAAAGCAAUGUUCACGUUUAAUACAGACGUCACCGGAAAUUGCACUGUCCUAAUUUACAACGAAGAUGAGCCGUCGAAUAACUUUGAGUUGAAGGCAGUGUUGAAAGGGUCGGUGCAGUUUACUGUUCAGAUGUCCCAAAUAAACAAUGAAUUAGACCUGGACUCAAAGAUAAAUAUCCGAGCUAUGGUGACCGACCACGCUACUGCCCUGACAAUGGUAGCCGAAAGAACACUGAACAUAGUAUUCGACAUACAGGAUUCUGUUACUAUCUCCAAAGUAGACCUAUAUAAAAAUAGUUUCAUACCUGGAAUGACUUAUCGUACAAAGCUCCUCGUCCAACGAGGUAAUCAGCCAGUCGGACAAAGUGGGUAUUUAACUGUGACACCGACGGUAACAACUGCAGUUUUGGAAACAUGUACCCUUGGAAAUCCUGCAUAUACAUGGCUCAAUGUUCAGGAGAUUACUGGGGAACCUAUGUCAGUUCCAUUCAAUGAGUUAGGAUAUGCAGAUCUUAGCUAUCAUGUUGAUAGUGAUAACGCAGAAAAGUUAUCCUUGAAGAUACAGCUUAAUGAUCCCAGUAUACAACCAUCUUCAUCUUACAAAACAAUUAACCUGUAUGCAUUAUCUACUAAUAUGCCUUUGAUUCGGAUGCAUGCCGACGAAGUACAAACAGCGGUCGAUGAAAGUGUCUCGCUUGAUAUUACUGCAACAGAAAAUCUCAAUGGAAAUCUAACUUUCGAGGUUUAUUCCAGGGGUAUGCUGCUGACAUCCGAACAUGUAGCAGUUAACGGUAUAUCGAGUAAAACACAUAGCAUAGCUGUGACAAAGGAUAUGAUUCCACAGGCGUACAUCUUAGUUCAUCAUUUAACUCGAUCGGGUUAUUUGAUUGCUGAUUAUGUCUUCAUACAAGUCGAAGGGAAUCCAAUCAGUAACCAGGUUCGAGUAUCAUACGAUCAAAAUCUACUUCAACCAGGACAAGAAGUGGACAUUCGUAUAUCUGCCGAUCCCAGUUCAACUGUGUACGUCUUGGUGGAGGACGAAAGAAAUCGGAUCAUUGGAACACACAACGAUAUAUUCUAUUCAGAUAUUAUAAGCGGAAUAUCGGGUACGAGUUACAGCGUAUCUGAGAACAUAAUGAGUAAAAUCAACAAAAGAAAGAAGCGAGAUGCUAUGGUAAACAAGUUGUCAUUGGUCAAACGGUCACAUGGAUCUUUAGGGGAUUUGGAUGACGUACAUAUCGAAUCUGGGCUUGUAGUUUUAUCUGAUGCUAACAUCCUAGAACAGAAGAAGGAUUCGCUAUUGGACAAAGGAUAUAAGCGACAAUGUGUGGCACCAACUACAAGGGCUCCAAGUGGUGGACGUUGGUUUCGUUCUUCGAGGCGAAUGCAGAGAUGGAAUACCCAGGUAGCAGGAAAACCAGGUGGUAGUGUUUAUGUUCCAGAUGAAACGAUUGAUCGUCCAGGGCCGAAUUUAGGUGAAAUUGUCAGAAGUCUUUUUCCGGAAACUUGGAUUUGGGAUAAGUACAAUAUCGGUGCGUCUGGAGAAAUUAGCAUUCACAAAACAGUUCCUGACUCUCUGACAACCUGGGUGACAUCAGUGUUUGCAGUCAACCCAACUACAGGAUUCGGAAUUUGCAAUGAUAAACCAGAAUUUACAGUCAAGAAAAACUUUUUUCUAACAAUGGAUCUUCCAGCUUCUAUCAUCCUCGGCGAAGAAUUCCUUUUGCAAAUAACUGCAUUUAACUACUUACCAUUUCUACAACAGGUGUUUUUGCAAGUAAUUUUAUCUGAGGAUCCGAAUCAUCCAAUUCCUGCUGCUACCAUUGUGCAAGCAGGAGAGGGACAUUCAACUUUCGUGUUUGUCACCCCUAAGUCACUUGGAGAUUUAAAUAUAACAGUGAUGGCGCGAACUGGUUUCUUUUCAACCUCAGUUUCUGACAUCCUGGUGAAAACUGUCUCGGUCAGGCCUAAUGGCGUGUUCAAAACUGUCAAUGAACAACAUUUGAUAGACGUAAACUCAGACAAUGAGACUAUUAUAAAAACGUUCGAGUUAGAAGGCCCCGUUGACAUGGUUGAAGGAACAAGAAUAUCGAAAAUAAAAAUUACUGGAAAUUUUAUGGUUCCUAGCCUUGAGGGUCUACAUAACCUGAUACGAAUGCCAUAUGGUUGUGGAGAACAAACGAUGCUGAAUUUUGCUCCUGCUAUCUAUAUAACAAAAUAUCUGAAAACAGUCGGGAAACUGGCACCGGAGAUUAAAAAGAAAUCUACUGAAAGUCUAAAGACAGGACUUCAAAGGGAACUAAAGUAUCAACAUCAUGACGGGUCAUUCAGUGCAUUCGGUAACAUAGAUCCAUCGGGUAGUUCAUGGUUGACAGCUUUUGUACUAAAAUGUUUCGGCCAAGCUGACGGACUUCUUCAAAUUGAUGAAGCUAUAAUGUCAAAAGCUAUGAACUGGCUGUUAUCUUGUCAGCAAAAUGACGGCUCAUUCCGUGAGCCUGGAAGAGUUAUACACACGAGCAUGCAGGCGGGAACUGCCUCUGGAAUAAAGAUGACAGCAUUUAUUUUGAUAUCUUUGCUAGAGAACAAAAACAUAUCAUCAGUCCGGGGUUACAAGCUCGAUAAUGCAAUCACCAAAGGCAAGACAUAUAUAGAAUCGAGGCUGCACACUGCUGGUGACGCAUACACUCUAGCCAUCGUUUGCUAUGCUCUGGCAAGUGCCAGCAGUUCACACGGUUCAACAUGUUUUAACAAACUGAAGAUGGCUGCUACAGUUGACGAUGAUAAAAUGUACUGGACGGCAUCGACAGCAGUUGCAAAAAGAGAAAUAGGUGAUCGAUCUCUUGCAAAAAGAGCUCCAUCUGCAGACAUAGAAGCGUCAUCAUAUGCUCUUUUGGCUUAUAUGAAACUAGGAAGAACAUCAGAAACUUUCCCAAUAGUGAAAUGGCUUGUUUCUCAACGUAAUCCAACAGGGGGAUGCCGUUCAACUCAGGACACAAUCAUAUCUUUGCAAGCUCUCUCCGAAUUUUCAAGCAGUGGCAGCACUGGACCACCUGCGGAUUAUGAUAUACAGUUUAGUGUCUUUAACGGGCAAGAUUCCAUCGACUCAUACUCAGCGAGUCCUUCUACUUUCGAUGUCGUACACAGUAUAGAGAUACCAAACGCUCUGGACAGUGUCAAUAUACAAAUGAACGGGACUGGUUCAGCGGUAAUUGAUGUUACAACAUCAUUUUACGUGACUGGAAGUGAGCUUGAUGACUACAUUGCUGUUAAUGUUUCAAUAACAAACGAGACGAUAAAUACAGCGAAGAUUAAGGCAUGUUUAAGUUGGACUGGACCAGAAGCGAGUGGUAUGCUGAUAAUGGAAGUUGAAAUGCCGACUGGAUUUCAGCCUGAUAAUGAUUUUCUGAAAGCGCAGGAUUUGAUAAAACGGCAUGAAACGAAUGGACGGAAUAUCGCUCUUUACUUCGAUGGUGUUGACGAGAAUGGGGAAGUAUGUGUUGAUGUAAAAAUGGACAGAAAAGACCCAGUUGUAAAAAGUCAAGCAUGUCAUGUAUCAGCGUAUGACUAUUACGAACCAGCCCACCAAGCAAUGACCAGAUAUGAAUUUGGAAUGUUAAAAGAAGCAAAUAUUUGUCUAGUGUGCCCACUUUGCGAAUUCUGCAUGGGCAAUGGAAGCGGUGGACAGGCUGGUGUCGGACGUUAGGUCUGUGGAGAGAAAUAGCAUGUCCUUGUACCCCCCUGAAGACGCUUUGCAUUUAUCUCAGCAAAUCAUACUGACGGAUCUUAAAACAGUUUUUAAAAAAAACUUCUUUAAAAUACUCCUUAUGAGAAAUCAUAUUUUAAUUGUCUACUAAUGGUGUUUGGAUAACUGGUGAUAUAGUGUUAAAGAAAUCUAUUUCCUCGUGGUCCUGACCAAUAAUACAGUUUUAAGAGUCAUCGUUUUUUAUUUGCUUACGGUGUUUGAUCAGUGACAUAGUAACAGUGUUAUCGUUAAAUAUUUGCUUAUGUUUUUUGACAAAUGAUACAGUGACAGUAAAUACUGUAUCUGUUACCUUUUUAAUUACAUUGUAUUAGAAAUAAUUUACGUGUGUAUACAAUAAACCUGCUUAUAUGUUCAAAUCGAUCGCCAUACAUAAACUAAGAUGCAUCAAACAGUGAAUAUAUCCACUUAAGAAUAGCGGAUAAGUAACCCCUAUGAUGUUCCCUGAUUCUUACUUUAAUUCAAAUGAAUUCGUGAAUCUAUUUUCGAAACAUUUGUUUGACACAAAAUUGCAGUUUUUUAAUUAAUUUGUUUCACAAAAAAAUGACAUUUGAAUUUGAUGUGAUCUUAUUACCGUGAGCGUAACGUUCAGAUUCAAUUUGGUAGAGUUUUGUUUCAUAAAUGUAUCGUGUAAGUAAUGAUAUUGUAUGUUUUCAGUUUAACAUGAAUCACCAUCAAAAUCAGUAUGGUUCGUUCUAAAUGUAUUAAUACCUUUCACGACAUCGCUUGUUUCUGUCUUAAAGUUUAUGACACAUAAGCAUAAUACAGUAACAGAUUUAGAGUUCGUAAGAUAAGCUGCCGUCGUGCGUUUAAAUUAACACAAUUCAGUUAUACGCAAAUCGAAACAAUUCAUAAUUGCAACUUGUCCAUAAUAUUGCGGAAUGAUACUACUUUUGUAGCCUGUGUUGACGUCAUUUUAGAUAUAGGUGUCGUUUGUCAAAAUGACUUUGUCUGUACCGGGUAGACAAAGACGAAUUUAUUACAUUCAGCAGAAUAAGGUGUCAUGUGACAAACGAAUAUUACAUUAAGGGUCUUUCCAAAUAUAUAGCAUAAUCAAAGCAAUACGUAUUCUAAUAAGACAAAAA